UGCGCCUGUCUCCGGCUGGCUUUUUACGCAGCUCUCCGUGGCGCACCUCCGGCACCUGACGCGGCACAGCGCGUCCAGCUGCGGCGGAGACAGCAGCCGCCUUCCUCGUCACAUUAAGUUCCCCCCGUUUGUUAAAACUUUGCACGACGUCCUCUCUCGUUUUUUGCCAUCUUCUUUGCCCAACCUGCCGCACGGACUGAGUUUGGAUUUCGGCAGCAGGGAGGAGGCGGAGGAGAGGCGGGCUGCUCGCAGAUGGAGCACCGGGGCUCCCGGAGCUCAGGGCGCACGGCGGACCCGGAGUGAGUGAGUCUGGUGGAUGGACGCUGCAACACGGUUCAGCCUGCUCUCUGUGCGGCCAUGACGAGCACCCAGGAGCCGGAGAGAGGCCUGGGGAAGGAGGAGGGGGACGAGAAGGUGCACAUGUCAGUUCGAGGAGAGGAGAGGGCGCAGGAAGGCGAAGAAGAGGAGGAGGAGGAGGAGGAGGAGGAAAAAGAGGAGCUGCCGUACCCCUCUCUUGCACCAGUGGUUCUUCUGGCACUCACCCAAACCAGCCCACCUCGCUCCUGGUGCCUCCGAGCCGUCUGCCACCCAUGGUUUGAGCGCGUGAGCAUUUUGGCAAUCCUGCUGAACUGUGUGACCCUGGGGAUGUUCCAACCUUGUGGCCACACCCACUUCCUGCUGCAGGCUCUGGAUGAUGGGAUCUUUGUGUUUUUCGCCGGGGAGAUGCUGGUCAAGAUGGUGGCUCUUGGGGUCAUAGGUCACAGCGGUUACCUAGGCGACACAUGGAACAGAUUGGACUUCUUCAUAGUGAUCGUGGGAAUGCUGGAAUACUCACUUGAUGGACACAAUGUCAGCCUGUCGGCUAUCCGGACUGUCCGUGUUCUUCGCCCACUCCGAGCCAUCAACCGCGUUCCCAGUAUGCGUAUCCUGGUGACUCUCCUCCUCGACACGCUCCCCAUGCUGGGCAACGUGCUGGCGCUGUGCUUCUUUGUCUUCUUCAUCUUUGGCAUUGUUGGCGUGCAGUUGUGGGCGGGGCUGCUGAGGAACCGCUGUUUCAUGGGCGAGGAUGUCAAGACGAAAUAUAACAUUUCCUUCCUAAGUGGUUAUUAUCGGCCAGAUGGCACAGAUGAUCACCCCUUCAUCUGCUCAACAGAAAGAGAAAACGGGAUGCUCCGGUGCUCUGAUGUGCCCCGUCGUCGUGUAGGUGGUACUUCCUGCUUACUGGGGGAUGAGGAGGCCCGGUCGGAAGUGGAACUUCAAGUCAAUGGAUCGGUUUCAUGUGUCAACUGGAAUCAGUAUUACAACGAAUGUCGAGCCGGAGAACUAAACCCCCACAAAGGCGCUAUUAACUUUGAUAACAUUGGUUAUGCAUGGAUUGCCAUUUUUCAGGUAAUCACUCUAGAAGGUUGGGUCGACAUUAUGUACUAUGUCAUGGAUGCACAUUCCUUCUAUAACUUUAUCUACUUUAUCUUCCUCAUCAUAGUGGGUUCCUUCUUCAUGAUCAACUUGUGUCUGGUCGUCAUCGCAACUCAGUUUUCAGAAACCAAGCAGAGAGAGCACGCCUUAAUGAAAUCGGAGCAACGUGCCCGCCAGGUCCACCAAUCAGCUUCAACACUGGCCAGCGAUAGCCAACCAGGAAGCUGUUACGAAGAGAUAAUCCGUUACGUGGCACACCUGGGCCGUAAGGCAUGGCGACGGCUUUCCCGCUGCUAUGCAGAGGUGUGUGCACACUGUCGCUGUACAUGUGUGUGCCAGAAAGACUCAAGCGGGGGGUCUGCUAGAGGCGGCAGAGCUGGAGAGAUGAACGGACUUGCUCACCGGCACUCAGGCCACGCCCAAAAUGACAUCUCACACCUUCAUCAGCUUUAUCAACAUUGUCACCACCAUCAUCAUCAUCGUCAUCACCAGCAGGAGCCUCGUUGUGAUCCUGCUGUCAGUAAUGAUGGGAACACUUUUAAUUAUCCCGUCAUUUCACCAUUUCUAAGCCACCUGGAGGAACAAGGUCAGGAUGAGAUGAAGCUCGUUGCCACAGAGACCAUCAGCAGACUGCCACAGCUGGUGCUGGAACACGGUGGCUGCAGUGGACAAGCUGUUUUACCGUUGCCAGGAGAACCGGCCGGAGAUUCCUCAGCAUGUCCGUAUUGCAUCUACAACAACCAACUCAGUGACGGUGAAAAUGUUAAUGAGCUGCCAGACGACCAGCAAACUGGGUAUAGCAACUCCUGCCAUAGCAACAGCCCUUGUCAUAGUAACAGGCCGUGCCACUGUAAGAAACAAUGUCAUGGUGAAGCACAAGCAUCAGAGAAAAGUCUGUGCGAGCGCUGCUGGGCGGGACUCAGAGCCAAACUGGAACUUAUUGUCGGCAGCAGGUACUUCAACAGAGGAAUCAUGAUUGCCAUCCUAAUCAACACCCUCUCAAUGGGCAUAGAGUACCAUGAACAGCCGCAGGAGCUGACUGACAUUUUGGAGAUCAGUAACAUGGUGUUCACAAGUCUCUUCAGUCUGGAGAUGCUCCUGAAACUGCUGGCUCUCGGGCUUUUUGGCUACAUUAAGAACCCCUACAAUGGCUUCGACAGCAUCAUAGUCAUCAUCAGCGUGUGGGAGAUUGUGGGUGAGGCUGAGGGAGGGUUGUCGGUGCUGCGCACCUUCCGGCUGCUGAGAGUACUGAAGCUGGUCCGGUUCCUGCCAGCCCUGAGGAGGCAGCUGGUGGUGCUGAUGAAGACCAUGGACAAUGUGGCCACCUUCUGCAUGUUACUGAUGCUCUUCAUAUUCAUAUUCAGUAUCUUGGGUAUGCAUCUGUUUGGCUGUAAAUUUGGUUUGCGACAAGACAGCGGGGAAACUCUGUCUGACAGAAAAAACUUUGACUCUCUGCUCUGGGCGACUGUCACUGUGUUCCAGAUUCUAACCCAGGAGGACUGGAACUCUGUGCUCUAUAACGGUAUGGCGUCUACCACGCCGCUGGCUGCCCUGUACUUUGUGGCUCUGAUGACCUUUGGCAACUAUGUCCUUUUUAACUUGCUGGUGGCCAUUUUGGUUGAAGGCUUUCAAGCUGAGGGCGAUGCCAGCAGGUCUGACGGAGAUGAGGAGAGGCAGUCUCUCAGCUAUGAGGAAGAGGAGAAGUUGAGAGAUCUGUACGCUGCAGAGCUCAAGAUCCAGGCAAUGAUAUCGAGCCCCAACGGGCUGCUGAACCCGAAAGCCUCCAUGCCCCACCCUCCUUCGCUGCCUCCUCUUCAUCCUCCUCCUCCGCCACCACCGCCACCGCCACUCAUCACACACACUGCAGCCACUCCCGUCAUAAACCCUAGCCAAUCACGUCGGGCUAGCGGUGCUUCAGUGGACAUCGGCAGUCCUGAACAGAGGACACCGUCUCUAUGGGAUGGCAGUCCAGAAAGCCGACGUUCCAGCUGGACCAGCUUCAGUCGAGCCUCCAGCCUGCAAAAAAAGAGCCAGUCAGGGGAGCUGGAGUCCCUGCUCUCAGACACCCACACCGGCUCUAACCUCAGCAGCAGGGAGCAGUCUCUGGACCAGCCAGAGUACUUGCAGGUGCCCAUGCUCUUCCCGCCAGACUGCAACGGCACCUUUCACCUUCCUGAAUACUGCUACGAUGAUGCUCCCCUGACGACACACUGCCACAGUGAUCAGGAAGAGGAAGACCUUGAGCAGAGUUUAUGUAAAAAGCUGAAAAAGCUGCUGGAGCCAUAUGAACCUCAGUGGUGCCUGGAGCAUGAAGAGUGGUCCCUGUAUCUGUUUGCACCAGAAAACCAGUUUAGGCUGUGGUGUCAGAAGGUCAUAAGUCAUAAGAUGUUUGAUCACACUGUCCUCCUCUUCAUCUUCUUGAACUGCAUCACCAUCGCACUGGAACGGCCUGACAUACAACCACACAGCAUGGAGCGAGUCUUCCUCAGUGUUUCCAAUUACAUCUUCACUGUGAUCUUUGUGGGUGAAAUGAUGGUUAAGGUGGUUGCUAUGGGCCUGUAUUUUGGGAACAGCGUGUACCUGCAGAGCAGUUGGAAUGUCUUAGACGGAGUGCUGGUGUUUGUGUCACUUUUGGACAUUGUAGUGUCUAUCGCAUCGGCAGGCGGAAACCGCAUCCUAGGCAUCCUCCGCGUCCUUCGCCUCCUGCGUACGCUGAGACCACUCCGGGUGAUAAGUCGCGCUCCCGGUUUGAAACUGGUGGUGGAGACACUGAUCACAUCUCUCAGACCGAUCGGGAAUAUUGUCCUCAUCUGCUGUGCCUUUUUCAUAGUAUUUGGAAUACUGGGAGUACAGCUGUUUAAAGGGAAGUUCUUCCACUGCGAUGGGCGCUAUGUGAGAAACAUCACCAAUAAAACGCAGUGUCUAGAGAUGGGAUAUCGCUGGGUUCGACGGAAAUAUAACUUUGACAACCUAGGGCAGGCGCUGAUGUCGCUGUUUGUACUGUCAUGUAAAGACGGCUGGGUUAGCAUUAUGUAUGAUGGCCUGGAUGCUGUCGCCGUGGACCAGCAGCCAAUACGAAACAACAACCCCUGGAUGCUGCUGUUCUUCGUCUCUUUCCUUCUCAUCGUCAGUUUCUUUGUGCUCAACAUGUUUGUGGGUGUGGUGGUUGAAAACUUCCACAAGUGUCGCCAGCAGCAGGAGGAGGAGGAGGCCCGGCUGAGGGAGGAGAAACGGCAGAGACGCUUAGAGAAGAGGAGGAGGAGAGCCCAGGAGAAGCCAUACUACUCCGACUACUCCCCAUGGCGCCGAUCCAUCCACACUGUGUGCACCAGCCACUACCUGGAUCUCUUCAUCACCAUCAUUAUCUUCACAAACCUCCUCACCAUGAGCAUGGAGCACUACAACCAGCCCCAGUAUCUUGAGGAAAUACUGAAGUACUGUAAUUACGUCUUCACCCUGGUUUUUGUCAUCGAGGCCAUUCUCAAGCUUUUCGCUUUCGGCCUGCGCCGCUUUUUCAAAGAGAGAUGGAACCAGCUGGACCUCGCCAUUGUGCUGUUAUCCAUCAUGGGAAUCACACUGGAGGAAAUUGACCUGAAUGCUUCGCUGCCCAUCAACCCAACCAUUAUACGCAUCAUGAGGGUCCUGAGGAUAACACGAGUGCUGAAGCUGCUGAAGAUGGCCACAGGAAUGAGGGCUCUCCUGGAUACGGUGAUGCAAGCGCUGCCUCAAGUGGGGAAUCUGGGUCUGCUCUUCAUGUUGCUGUUCUUCAUCUAUGCAGCUCUGGGAGUUGAACUCUUUGGAAAACUGGAGUGUUCCGAGGAGAACCUGUGUGAGGGUCUUAGCCGCCACGCUACCUUUGACAACUUUGGCAUGGCUUUCCUCACGCUGUUCAGGGUGUCGACUGGAGACAACUGGAAUGGGAUUAUGAAGGACACACUGCGUGAGUGUCGCCCGCAGGACCGUCACUGCCUCUCGUACCUGCCCUUCAUCUCCCCCAUUUACUUUGUCACCUUCGUCCUAACGGCUCAGUUCGUCUUGGUCAAUGUUGUCGUUGCCGUGCUGAUGAAGCACCUGGAGGAGAGCAAUAAGGAGGCGGAGCUGGAUGAGCUAGAGGAGAGGAGAGAGAGGGAGGAGGCCAGCCGGGCUCUCAGUAGCGCAGCGGCGGGUGGAGACCUGGGGCCCAACGCGGAGACACCUGCUCAGAUGCUGGUGGAUGAAGAAGAGCGUCUCCAUGGCAACUUGCUGAGUAUGGGACGCAUGCUGUCUCUCCCUAGCGACAGCUACAUUCAGCCGCUCAGAUGUUCUCCUCUUCCUCCCGUUGGUCAUGACACUUACUCCUGCUACAGCUAUUCAGGCUCUAUGUCAUCGCUGGGCUCCAGUGGGGGCAGUUCAUUGCUGCAGGUUCCAGGCGCGCUGCCCACAAUCAGCCAUGCAUCACUGGGGUCCGGACGUAGCUACAGGCCCAUGAUCUGCCUCAACACCUCUCAGAGCAUAGACAGGCACAUCUCGCCUAGACUUAGUCCAGCAGACAGUAUAGACGGAUGCAGGUUCAGUCCAGUCCAUCGAAAAAACAGACACAGACUGAACUCAGCCCACAGUAUAGACGGGUACAGGUUCAGUCCGACACAGCGCUUAAACAGACACAGACUCAGCUCUGCUCAAAGUGUGGAUGGAUACAGACUCCAUUCAGACCACCACACAGACAGGCCUCAGCUCCGGUCCUGCCACAGUAUAGACAGACAUCCCUCGCUUAGACUGAGCACUGCUGACAGUACCAGCAGACAAUCUUCUACUCGCUGGCUCAGCCCUCAAGACAGCUUAAACAGAAACAAGCUAAGCCCCUCCUACGUUCCAGAGAGUUCAGUCACCCAGAGACCAGGAUCCUUCCGCGGUGCUAGCAGACAACUGCGGAGACAGGAGGCUGUGCGCUGUGAUUCUCUGGAUCACAGCGGCUCAAAUGAAGAUGUGAGGGAGCCCCACCUCGUCGUGGCCUCCGCCACCGCCUCCUCGCCCCCACGGCAGCGAUCGUGCAGUGUGCACACACUGAAAUACACGCAACCGCGGAGGGUGAUCUCGUGCAAAAGUCACAGCCGAAGUUUCAGUGAAGCCACCGGACAUGAGGACGUAUCUGAGCGAGCUGUGUGUGGCGCGCACUCAGAAACUGAUUGUGAGAAGAGGCCCGUGAGACUGCAGACUCUGUCCGCCGGUGCUGAAGCCAACGCGGCAAGCCCCGAACCCUGCUCUGACCCUCAUCCCAACCCAGACGAUGCAGAUGAGGAAGUCAGCCGCAUUAGCACUUACUCACAAACACAAUCUCCCGCCAGCUCCUCACACAAAAGCAGACACCUUACUCCCAGCCCAGGUGAGCACAGGAGCCGUCUCAGCCAAUCGGUGUCUCCCGUUUCAGACAGGAACAGGAAGCAACGGAUGAGCCCGCCCCCGGAGGAGGAGCCACUUACCGUGGCAACUCAUCUAACGGACAACAGUGUUGAUCUGAGGAGGCGGACCCUGUCAUGUGAUGCAACAACACUCACUCCCCAUCAGCCAGAGGGCAGCUCCGUGGACGAGUAACAAACACAGGGAUUGGUUAUUCUUUCUUUCUAGGGGAGGAGUUGAAUGUGCUACGAAAGCGCAAACAAGGAGUGAGAGAUACAAUCACUGCUCCCCGUUUCAGGCCCCGCCUUCACCUGGACCCAACUAAACACAAGAUUACCACAGGGUGUUUCAGACGAACUCUUUCUGUGUGUGUAUGUGUGUGUGUGUGUUUCUCCUUUGUGCUCUU